AUGCGGAGAGCUCCAGCCACGCCCCUCGCCAACCCGGCAAUUGAAGACACGCCGAUGUUGUCAGCAUUCACCGCGCGGCCUCUGGUCGAGCUCAAGCCGCGCGACAAGUCCCGCAUAGACUCUGUCCUCGCUUAUGGAGAUCGCCUCCUCGCCGGCCUCAACAAUGGCAACCUCCGCAUCUACCGCGUCGACGAAGGCCGCACCGAGCUCCUCCGCGAACUAGAGCGCUUUUCCCGCUACAAAAUCGAGCAGCUGGCUCUGGUCAAGGAAGCGAAUGUGCUGGUUUCUCUGGCCGGUGGCUAUGUCUCCCUCCACGAUGGCCAGUCCUACGACCUUGUGGAACAGCUCUCUCAAACGAAAGGCGCCUCCACUUUCGCCAUUACCUCCAAUGUCGUGAACGAUCCCGAUACCAAUGUUCCGGCUAUAGUCUCUCGACUGGCGGUUGCGGUUAAAAGGAAAAUAUUCAUGUGGGCGUGGCGUGACAUGGAGCUCGAGCGAGAUACUGUGGAACUGAGUCUUGUUAGCGGUGUCAAAACUUUGACUUGGGUUGCGGCUACAAGGCUGGUUGUCGGUUUGAACUCGAGCUUUGUCAUGGUCAACGUGGAGAAUGGGCAGGUCACAGAUCUAGCGGGCCCCGGGAGCAUUGAGGAGUCUGGUCGCUUUACUGGAGUCGGUGCUGCGAGCAUGAGCUAUAUUGGUAUGGGUGGAAUGGUACCCCGACCACUUGCUACUAGGUUGCGAGAAGGUCAGAUCCUCCUGGCAAAAGACAUCAACACAAAUUUCAUUGAUGUUGAUGGUCAACCGCUGGGAAGGAAACAGGUCCCUUGGAGCCAUGCACCUGUUGAAUUGGGAUACUCCUAUCCUUUCUUGUUAGCAUUGCAUGACUCUGCUAAGGGAGUCUUGGAAGUCCGGAAUCCGGAGACUUUGUCUUUGCUACAGUCCAUUCCACUCCCGUCAGCGAGCAUCUUGCAUAUCCCCCAGCCUAAUAUCAGCCUCGCGCACGCUGGAAAGGGGUUCCUGGUAGCGAGCGAUCGCAUCAUAUGGCGUAUGGAGGCUUUGAGCUACGAUACGCAGAUCGAUGCGCUUGUGGACAAGGGCUAUCUGGACGAGGCUAUCAGCUUACUUGGUAUGCUGGAGGAUGCACUUCUGCGUGACAAAGCCGGUAGGCUGCGCUCGACGAAAUUGGAAAAGGCCCAGAGUUUGUUUGCUUUGAACAAGUACCGUGACUCUUUGGAUCUAUUCACCGAAGUGUCCGCUCCCCCGGAAAGUGUGAUUCGCUUGUUCCCGCGAUUGAUCGCCGGCGACCUCUCGACUGUCCCGGAGCCUGAGGUGCCGAACGGAAAAGCGAAUGGUGAUCAAAGUGACGGGUCGUCCGAUGACGCUGCUCCUGGUCAAACAUCCACCAAUGCACCCUCCGUCAUAUCGUCUUUGCGGAAGCCUGACGAAGGUAGUGAGUCCAGUAGCAUCCGAGGUGACGAGAAGGGCCUCCGAAUUGCAGUCCGUGAGCUACAGGGAUACCUGGCGGAUGUACGUCGACGCUUCCAGCGCUUCCUCAACCCCGAUGGCUCUCUCAAAGCAGCUGCACCUACUGAGGCCAAAGACGAAGCCAGCGAUUCCGUCCUCAAAUUGCUGGAUUUCCCAUCUACCGAUGACUUUCCCACGCAGAUCCGUGCGAAGGCUCGACUAGUCGACACUACUCUUUUCCGCGCCCAUAUGUUUGCUACUCCUUCCCUUGCGGGGUCACUCUUCCGUAUUGCCAAUUUCUGUGAUCCAGAAGUUGUGAUGGAAAGACUAGAGGAAACAGGCAGAUAUAAUGAUCUCAUUGAUUUCUUAUACGGCAAAAAGCUGCAUCGCCAAGCCCUGGAACUCCUUAAACGCUUUGGUCAAACUGAUAAUGGUCCUCUGAGCGGUCCCACGCGCACCAUUGCCUAUCUCCAGAACCUGCCGCCAGAUCAAAUUGACCUGGUUAUUGAGUUUGGCGAAUGGCCCCUGCGUGCCAAUCACGAACUGGGGCUGGAAAUCUUCCUUACUGAUACAGAGAACGCGGAGACGCUGCCUCGUCCCAGAGUCCUUGCAUUCCUUGAAAAGAUCGAUGCGACACUUGCUAUUCGAUAUCUCGAACAUGUCAUCAAUGAAUGGAAUGAUUUAACGCCGGACAUACAUCAGCGAUUGCUAGUCCUAUAUCUGGACCAGCUUGUUUCGAGCGAGGGUGGAGACUGGAAAGACAAGUUCCUCACCAUGUUGAAGGAAAGUGAGCAAUACUCACCAGCCAAAAUGUUGGACCGGCUCGAUCGGGAGGAUCCCAACUUCUACGAAGCCCGAGCAAUCCUGUUCAGCAAAAUGGGUCAACAUCGACAGGCGCUCGAGAUUUACGUCUUCAAACUAGAGAAUCAUGAGAAAGCUGAAGAAUACUGCAAUCACGUCCACCUGACCGAAAAACGAGAAGAAGAAAACACAAUCUAUCUCACCCUCCUCUCUCUCUACCUCUCCCCGCCACACGGAUACACCCCCCAGAAUGACCCCGCAAUCGAUCUCCUUGCCAAACAUGGCUCCCGACUCCCCGCUGAUGCAGCUCUUAAAUUGAUCCCAGACAAACAAGCCGUGCAGAAACUCGAGUUCUACUUCAAGGGUCGCAUGCGUGCCGCGAACUCCGUGUUCAACGAAGCGCGCAUUGUCGCAAACCUCCGCAAGGCACGAGACGCGCAGAUCCACGCUCAACUGGCGCUUGGGGAUGGCAUCAAGGGUGGUGGGACACGCGCGAGACAUGUCACUGUGACUGAAGAGAGAAUAUGUGGAGUGUGUCACAAACGACUCGGUGGCAGUGUGAUCAACGUUUUCCCAGAGUAUGUUUGCCCCGCGUCUGUCUUUGCUUUUGCUAACUUUCUAGCAACACGGUUGUCCAUUUAG